AGAGUAGUGAGUAAGUGUACUGUUCAAAACAUGAUAGCUUUCAGUGCACAUUUGCUUUGUAAUACAAGUUACAAGGUUCAAGAUAUUUUGAUUAAUACUCAACAGUACUGAUAGAACUUAAUUAUAAUACUGUAUAGUAUAAAAUCAUGAAGAAAUUAAUGUUGUUUUUGGAAAGUGUUGCAAUAAUGAAGAGUGAAGAAAUCGGCAACAGCGCGCUGUCACCAUGGUAACGUUGCGCUUCAACAUUAUUGGUUAAGACGCGAAUGAAUCUUCGCUUGUUUUCAGUACUGCCAAACAUGAUUAAUGAAGAUUUUGCCCAGGUUGUGCAAGUAUUGGUGAUCGGAGCGUAAAGCCACUGACGUAAAUUUAGGUGUUGUCUUUUAAGUGGUAUUAGUUUGUGCCAAAAGUUGUGAUAAACAUUCAAUCGUAGAUGGCUGGGAAUGAAGCUGUUCAAGCUACAAACGACGACGCUAGUCUUUGUAAACGUUGUGCUGUUCAAUUAGGCUAUUGGGAUGAUCCUUAUAUAUCUUUAUUUGUCCCUAAGUAUGAACGCAAAACCCCGGAGAUAAAUCGGGGAUAUUAUGCUAGAACCAAAGGAGUAGGAAUGUUCAUUGACCAGUUUAUGGAGAAGGUUGGAGAGAAUUGUCAAAUUGUGAAUUUGGGCUCUGGCUUUGACACUUUAUACUGGCGGCUCAAGGAUUCUGGUCGAAACGUUGUCAACUUUGUGGAAUUGGAUUUUCCAAAUGUAACAUCAAGGAAAUGCUACUUCAUCAAAAGAAAUAAGAUCUUACUAGACAAAAUUCAUGCUGAAGAUGGAGAAGUAAGACUUAGUUCAACUGAUUUGCAUGCUGCAAACUACCACAUUGUAGGUGUAGAUUUGCGUAAUAUUGCGGAAGUGGAAACAAAACUAGUAGAAGCAGAAAUAAAAUUUGACCUUCCAACUCUGUUUAUUGCAGAGUGUGUACUUAUUUACAUUGAAACCAUUCAAGUGCAGCGCCUUCUUACUUGGUUGGCAAAAACUUUUAAAUCAUCUUUUUUUAUUAAUUAUGAACAGGUUAACAUGGGCGACAAGUUUGGUGACGUAAUGUUGCAAAAUCUGCGAGCUAGAGGAUGUCUUUUAGCAAGUGUUGAUGCAUCUAAAAGCUUGGAUACCCAAAAGGACAGAUUUCUUCAAAGUGGAUGGGAUGGUGCGAGAGCUUGGGAUAUGGUUCAGAUGUAUGGCAUGCUGCCUGCGGCAGACCGACAGAGAAUAGAGCGAAUAGAAUUCUUGGAUGAACAAGAGCUUCUUGUUCAAUUAUUUCAGCAUUAUUGCAUUGUUGUUGGAUGGAAGGGAGAUACAUUUAAAGACAUUGAUAUCACCUAAAUGUUUGACAUUUGCAUCUAAAAUACAAAUCUUUUCACAUCUAUGUGGCAUCUUAUUUCAUGUCAAUUGAAAAAUAUUGUUAUUAAUUUUAUCAUUUGUUUGUAUAUUGUUAUUUGUAAUAUGUUGCAUCUUUCAUGAUAAAGUUUACCAAAUUUAUUUGUAAGCUACUUGACAAUCUUCCUAUCAUUUUAUCAUUGUUUAACAGCAGUAAAAAGUAUACUGCCAUACAGUGUCAUAAAUCUCUGCCUUUUAAGUAUUCAAGUUUGUGUGAGUGUGUGUGAGUUAGGUGACACUGUAAUUGCUAGUUUGGGAAAAACUUGUUAAAAAAAGCACAAAUUUUCCCAUAUUUGUAAAAGUAAUUUCAGUGAAACCUAGUAAAGUAUUUUAAAAUCU